UUCUAAUAAAAAAAAUAUUAGUGACCACUAUUGAUGUUAACAGUGACCAAUACUGUGCCUACAACGACAUCACAUAUCAAAUAUAGUGAUCAAAAGUGAUGUUAGCUACCUAUCCUGUGUCUUAUCAGAUCUUGACAACAUCGGAUUACAUUUUAGUAACCAACAGUGAUGAAUAUCAUGUGUCAGUUGAACCAAAAGUGAUGUAACGCACCAGUAUUGACGAUCACAUAGAUGCGUGAUGCGUUGGUUACUCCCACUGGUUACCACUAUAGUGGUCACCAGUCUGGUAACCGCCCUGGUCACCGCGGUAACCAAGCCGCGGCGCUGCGCCGGCCGGCUGGCCCGGGAGCGGCUGAAGGCGGCCGAGAAGAUACGAGACAAGAGAUACUUCCUUCUCUGUUGCGCACCAGCGUGUGCACAGAGGAAGACGCGACCUCCAGUGGUUACUACGAGGUACCAGCCGUACCAUAGGACGUGGUUCGGAUUGAAGUAUGGUUGCAACUGUUCGCCGCUCGGUUCAGAGAGCAGCGUCUGUGACAUACGUUCUGGGCAAUGCCGGUGUCGACCACACGUAACAGGCCGCGCGUGCGACACCUGCGAGGAAGGCUUCUGGGGCCUCCGCGAAGGCGGCUGCAGACCGUGUUCCUGCGGCGCGGGGGCGGCAGCAUGUGAUCCUGUUACUGGCCAGUGCGCGUGCGCGCAGGGCGUUGGAGGCGACUCGUGUGAUAAGUGCCUUAGGGGGUACUACGGGUUCGGACCUAAUGGGUGUCUACCUUGCCCCCCUUGUUCCGAUGGAAAGGUCUGCUCCCCCGAAAACGGUCGCUGCGUGUGCCCGCCCCGCUCCAGAGGUCCCGGGUGCAAGCAAUGCGCACCUGGCUUCUGGGCCAGGCCUGCUGGAUGUAAACGCUGUUCCUGCGGACCUGGAGCUUCAUCUGACACCUGCGACCCUCUCACCGGGCAAUGCAAGUGCCGCGCCGGCUGGGCCGGGGCUUCCUGUGACGUUUGCGCUCUUGGCCACUUCGGGCCGAGGUGUAAACCUUGCCUCUGUCAUCCAGACGGCAGCGCGCAGUGCGAGAACGGAGUGUGUGGCUGUGAUGAUAACGGGCAGUGUUUCUGUAAGGCGAACGUAGUGGGUGAGAAGUGCGACCAAUGCCGACCAGGUACCUUCGGACUGUCUGCUUCGCCAACUGGUUGUACUGAGUGCUUCUGCUUCGGAAGGAGUGCGCACUGCACACAGGCAGGACUCACUCGGGCAGCAUUACAUGCCGCGGCGCCGGCGCACGUCACGUUGGUCCAGGGCGACAGUAUUAAAUCAGUAGAUCAAGACUCUCUCCUAGCCAUCCACACUCACGCUCUCGACUCCACCAUAGCCCUCCCUUGGCCCCCAGUCCCCGUCUACAUGGAGCUAGACAAGCGGUUCCUGGGGGACCGGGUGACGUCAUACGGGGGCUUCCUCCGGUUCAGGGUGGAGGAGGAGGGGGGAGAGAGUUUAGAUGAGGAGACUAUGAGGAGGUUCCCGCUGGUUAGAGUGUAUGGGAGGGAUAUAGUUCUGGAUUAUUAUGAGCGCACCCCACCCAUAAACAACACCCACGGCAUCCGCCUCCACGAGUCGCUAUGGCGGGUGCGCGCGCGCAACGAUCUGCAAGCCACUCGCGCCGCCCUCAUGCUAGCCCUGAGGAAGGUGGAACGGAUACUUGUUCGAGUCACCACGAGAGCGCCCAAGCAUGAUGAUAAUGUUCACGCACUACUCCUCAACGUGUCUCUAGACACAGCGAUCCCCGGCUUCAGUCGCUCUGAGCCAGCCCUAGGCGUGGAGCUCUGCUCCUGCCCUACUGGUUACUCCGCGCCAUCUUGCCACGAACCCGCUAUCGGGUUCUGGAUGCCUCCAGUUAAAGUUCAUCUUGAUAGUGUGGCUGGGACUAUAGUCAUUAGGCUGGAAGGAGACGCUAAGCCUUGCGACUGCAAUGGAAGAGCUGUCAGCUGUGACCGUGACACUGGACAUUGUGUGAACUGUACCCAUGGAACUGGUGGUCCACGCUGCGACCGCUGUGCCGAAGGUCACCACGGGGCUCCAGAUGCUCCAGGCGGCUGCCAAGCGUGCCCCUGUCCAUCCAGGGCUAGGAACUUUGCAUCAGCAUGCGCCAUGCAAGGAGGACGGCUGCAGUGUCUUUGUAAACCGGGUUACGCCGGCACAGACUGCGAGUUAUGUGCCGCCUCCUACUACCGCUUAACAGACGGCGCCUGUGCGCCCUGCGCGUGCGACGUUGCCGGCUCGCUAUCUCCCCAGUGUGACGGCCGCGGACGGUGCAGAUGUCAUGAUUUCGCGACGGGAGAUAAAUGUGAUAGGUGUAGAGGAGCCAGGCUGUGGAUGGAUGGAGGUGGAUGUCGACCUUGCGACGACUGCACAACAACUCUCCUCGAUUCCAUCGACCACCUCACCUCGGAUCUCCGUUCGCGCGCCGAUCUCACCGAACUCAGCCGCAUACCCCAGCCCUACCCCGCCGUCCGAGAAUACGCACACAACACCACACAGCUACGCAACUCUCUAUACCACUACCUCAACACUGUCGACCAUUCUAGAAACGUCGAGAAUGAUGUGAGCAACUUGGAAGCGUCUGAACACAGGAUUUUUACCGAUUUGCACGCUUUGAAAGAAGAUGCAGAAACAAAAGAAGACGCAGCGAAAUCUUUAAGUUUAGAAAGCAUGAGCGGCUUAGAAGAAGUGUUAAAGCAGAGACAGAAGCUGGGGGAACAGGUGGCGGUGUUGGAUGAUUUUGCGAGGGGGGAGAGACAUUUGGGGGCUCAUCGGGCAGUUAAGGAGGCGAGACAUCUAUUGAGGAAUAUUAAAGACGUGAAGCUGGGUGAUUAUAUUGCUGGGGCUAAUGAUGUUUAUGAUUCGGCGAACGUGCAAUCUACCGCAGUCCAAGAGCUAAACUACAGCAUAGAUGAUACCUACGCGCGUCUCCGUGGUCUACAAACCGCUUUUGAGACGUGGAACGAGAAGGCUGAAGAUUUACCACGACUGGCUGAUUCCGUUUGGAUGGCGGGGGACAAGGUGGCAGCUAUGGAGAAAGAGGUUAGGCCCAGAAUGGCAGCCGCUAGGAACACCGGACUACAAUGCAGACUUAUUCUAGAGGUAAGAAUAUUGACGUGCUAUCUCUCCAACCACACAUUCGUCGACGACGCCGGCUCAGCACUACUCCGCGCGCGCUCUCUCCUUCUCACUCUACCCGCCUUAUCUACAGAGUUGGACUCGCUCACUCCCGCGGCGGAGGAGAAGGAAGGCAUUCUGUACAACCUGACGCCUGCGUAUAAGAAGAAAUAUUUGGACGCGGUGGAGAAACAUGUGAAGGAGCUUGGAGAACAAGCAAAGGAGUAUAAAAAUCUAUUCGCCGGCACCCGCGCCCUUGCGUCCGCCGGCGUGUCGGCGGCGCGCGCCUGGGCCGACGUGGCCGCCGCCGUCCGCGCCGCCGCCGCGCACGCCGCCGCCGCCGCCGCCACCGCCGCCGCCGCCGCCAAGAUGGCGCCCAUGAUGGGAUCCGCGGAACAGGCGAAGCAAGCGUCGAGUGAUCAGAAGAUGAGGGCUGCUGAGGUGCUGAAUAAAGCUGAAGAGCUCCGUCGUCAACUGGACCAUUUGAGGAGAGGAGCUGAUUUAGUAAGCGUAGUGUUGCGUGGACUCGGCUGGCAAGAACGGGACUUAGGGGCGAGGCCCAGCGCUCGCGUCGCACAAACUAUAGCGGCAGCCAACGAGCAAGCGGACCGAGUAUUCGCAACGACAAGGGUUUUGUACGACGAGGCGAGUGAGAUAAGACGCCGAGUGCGAUAUAACCUGCGGAGACAGUUGACAGAGCUGCAGAGACACGGGGACACUGCCCUAGGGGCAGCGCAGGAGCAUGUGUCACAGAUCCGCGGUAACAUGCUUCGCGGAAGCGAAGCAGCAGAAGCACUAGCAGCGGCCGCAGCAGCGCGAGCUAAAGAGCACGAGAGAGCCGCCGGCCUCGUGCGGCCUCGGUUACAAGAGCUGCAGGAUAAGAUAGCUAGAGCGAAGCAUGCUGCUGACUCGAUCACAGUGUCAGUAACAUCCCUACCGGGCGGCGUUGGUUGCUCACGCGCCUACACAGCACCAGCGAUGUCUCCUGCCGUCUCACGCGCGUCUAUAGCCGUCUCUUUCGACGGAGCCGUGCGUGAUGGGCAGUUGCUACAGAUGACAGAUGAGAGCAAGGAAACCCCAAGCUAUAUGAAGUUGUCAGUGCACAAGCAGAAAUUUCAGCUCAGUUGGGACUUGGGCGAUGGUGAGGGCAUCGUCACUCAUCCGGAGAUACUAGAACACAUACAUGAUGAUGCGGACCACAACACUUACACGGUGGAUAUUGAGAGGGUAUGGAACACCGUCCGCCUAACAGUUGAGCGCGCUGGAAAACCCUCAACCACCGUCUCCAACACAACCCUAGGUUCCUCUGUAUCUCUCCACGCCACUCGUCUCUGGUUAGGAGGGGGUGGCGGUGGGGGGUUACCAGGGUGUGUUCACGCGUUGUACUGUGACGAGAGAAGAGUGGGGCUGUGGAACUUUGUGGAACAACCGAGAGAAGCAAGGUGUACGGGGUGCACGCAAAGAUGGUACAACCCAGCGCGUGGUGGAGAGCCGUCCCUAGCAUGGUUCAACGGCGAAGGUUACGCCGAGCUGAAACGGUCAGGGUUCCGACCUUCUGACCGGCGGUACUUCAGUGUGGCCUUCACUGUGAGGACACGGGAUCAAGAUGCACUUCUGUUCAUGGCAGUUGACGUUGCUAAUAACCGUUCCAUCUCCGUCCGAAUGUCAUCCUGCCGAGUGGUCUUCACAGUACAGUAUUCAGACGCCCGGCUAGAAAUAGCGGCACGAGGGCGCCACUGUCACGGUCGAGCCGUUCAUGUACAAGCUGCGAGAGUCUUCGCUAGCAACAAGCUGGAGAAAGGCAGCCUGCGUGUGAACGGGGAGGAGACGCUGGGCUCCCCCGCGCCGCCCGUGCAGGCCGCCGCCGCAUUGCCCGACCUCGCCGCCGCCUCCUACUGGAUCGGGGGCGCGCCCCCUGGCAAGGAGGCCCCUGCCCCUCCGCUGCUUGGGUGUCUAGGAGUAUUGUCUGUCGAUAGAGAGGGAUACGAUGUGCUGGAUACGCCGACGAGGAACGGAGUGGAAGCGAGGUGUAUGGACAGGACUCUCCGCACAGCGACACUAGAAGGCACCGGCUACGUUGAGCUCCCAUCCCCCAUCCUUCGGCGCAAAGCAGCCUUAGGGCUCACGUUCCGCGCCCGCAGCGACGGCCUACUGCUGUACAGGGCUCCGUCCACUCUCAGCGAGAAUGAGGUUGAUGACGAAGAUGGAGACGACAAGCAUUACCUUCGGCUGAUGCUGGUUGACGGUGAGCUGGAACUGACAGCAGCAGCAGGAAAAGCGGAGCUGCAACUACGUACAAACGGCACGCGGUUUGACGACGACAUCAGACAUUCUGUCAGAAUCGUGAGAGCACAUAAACAGCUUGAGCUAUGGGUAGACGAGGACCGCCUGGCAACAGGAUCGCUAGCUGGCAACGCGUUGCCAGCUCGCAAUAAAGGCUUGUUCAUCGGAGGCAUGCCGACGACGCAAGAUGGUCCAAUGUACAAGGGCUUUAGUGGGACGGUUGCUGAUCUGAUAGUGGACUCCAAUGUGGUUGGGUUCGAAACAGCUGUGAACUGGAGUGCGGCUACAUUGGGGCGCCGCGAGCCACCGCGCGCCGAGCGGCGCUCCGAACCACGGGCGUUACAGGCGCCUCCAGCUAGGAGUGCGGAGUGCACCAAGACGGCGUCGUACACGGUAGAAGCUGGUGCGGUGAAGUUUGGCGACUCGCCCGGGAGCCACGCGACGUUGCGACUACCGCCUCGAGUGAAGGAGCUGACACUCUCGCUGAACUUUAGGACGUUCGCUCCUGACGGUCUUCUGUUAUUAGCACCGGGUACGAAAACGAAGCCGAAGCACUACAUGGCUCUCUUAGUCCGCGAGGGCAAACUGCGUCUGUACGUGCGCGGGCGGCGGAGAAAAGAGCUCUCGCUUGCCGCUACGGUGUCUGACGGAGAGUGGCGAGAGGUGACAGUCCGAAUCUCUCGCAACCGCCUCGUCCUGUCGAGCGGCGGGCAGGCCAGCGCCGCGCGCGCGCCGCCCGCCGCGCGCGCGCCGCGCCUCUACGUGGGGGGGCUGCCUCAACCGCUCAACAACAUUCCCAACUCGAUUCUCCGAGUAGGCGGAUUCCUGGGCUGCAUCCGCCGUGUGGUAGUCAACGAUCGCGCUGAAGACCUGGUGCGAAAUGCCGCCGCCCACCAUAGAGUAGGACAGUGCUUCCCCAACGUUGAACGAGGGGCAUACUUCGGAGGUGACGCGUACGCACUAUGGUCAAGCGCGUGGCGUCCGGGCGAGAGCGGUGCGGAGGCGGCUGAGAUGCGGCUGCGGUUCCGCAGCGCUGAACCGUCGGGAUUAUUGCUAGCUGCAACUAACUUGGUGCUGGAGUUGAAAGAUGGCGCUGUAAUCUUAACCCGUACCGGCUCAACCACCUCCCGUGCAGAAACCCGUGGCCCAGGCAACCGGGCGCUCUGUGACAACGCGUGGCACACGCUCGUCGCCCGCGUGUCGCGCGCACACGUGUCGCUGUCGCUCGACUCUGGGCCUGAGAUACGCGAUGGAGACGCGACGUUGGUGGAUGAAGAAAGCGCGCCGGCAGCGGCGUUGUAUAUAGGAGGACUACCAGAGGGCUCUACAGACGGCGUGGACGCGCAGAACUUCAAGGGCUGCAUAGACGACGUGAGCGUCGGCGGACAGAAGCGCAAGUGGAAAGACAUGGAGGCGGUACACAACGUGCUGUUAGACUCUUGCCCGGUGACGCAAUGAAACUUAGGAGGGAAAAUUGUUGGGUUUUGUCAGACCAACGUGCGUAGCUGAAUGCACAAACGCUCACGAUGUUUCUUUCGUAGCUAUCUAUCUCUAUCGCUCUUGCGUAUUGGCACAACAGAGCCAGACUGCAUUU